AUAUAUUGAUAAGAUUUUUUUGGAAGGAGGCCCUCCAACAGUCACCUCAACUGAAAGUGGAACACCUGCAUCAGCAGCUGCUUUUUGGCGGUUUAAGCAGCUUUGCUUACGUGUGUCCCCAAAUAUCUUCGCAGCAACCAUUUCUGAAAGCACCUCCUCCUCCAUAAUGAUGGAUGCAUUGUCCAUUCGUGGGCAGAACAGCAAAGACUUUAGAUGCAUGCAUUCAUAAGGAAGAAUUCUACUCCUGACAGCAAAUUCAGAAUUUGUCUUGCAUUCAUUCAGUUCACAGAUUAUGUUUUGGCUUGCACCCCAUGUUUUUUUCUGAACAUGUAUAGGAGAGCAAGGCUUAAAGAAUGAUUGGUUAACAGCAGAGAUGCCAUUUUUGGCAUCAAUGCAUUGGCAUGACAGGUGCCGUUUAGCUGAAAUUUCGGUUACCUUUUGCCUGUGAUUUCUGUUCAUGUGAACCAGCAAGUUCCUUUUAUUUAUUUGAAUGCCACAGUGCAUGCAAGUCACCCUGACUUGCUGCCUGACACAUAAUCCUACUGACGAUGGUGCUGCUGGGUAUGGAGGUGGAGCUACUGGGGAUAGAGCUGGAGGUGGUGCUACUGGGGAUGGAGAUGGAGGUGGAGCUGCUGGAGAUGGAUGUGGAGGUGGUGCUGCUGGGAAUGGAAUUGGUGCUACUGGAGGUGGCGCUGCUGGGGAUAGAGCUGGGGGUGGUGCUGCCGUAAAUACUGGAGCUGGUGCUGCUAGAGGUGGAAGUGGAGGUGGUGCUACUGGAGAUGGAGUUGGUGCUGUUGGAGGUGCUGCUGCUGUGGGUGGAGGCUGUCUGAAUGACGUUUCUUUGCAACUUGUUAGAUGUUUAAUCAGAGUAUCCCUUCUGAUCAAUGUUGAUGUGCAGUAGCAGCAGUGAAAAUGUGCUGCUUGUCUGCAGUCCUGAUUGCACUUUACGAUGA